CCCUUUAUAAACGUCAUUCUAGCGAUGCUGUGUUUAUGGACGCGUUGAGUCGCGUGUUCAGGGUUUAUUUUUCAACUGCUGCAAAAUUCACAAUGACCAGUUUCAAAUUUAUAGAUAUUGGCAUUAAUCUGACAGACCCCAUGUUCAGAGGGAUUUACAGAGGAACUCAAAAACAUGAAGUAUCACGUGUGUUUUGUAUCAUAGAUGAUUUUCCGCAGAUUGUCGAGAGAGCCCUGAAGGUCGGGGUGCAGAAGUUCAUCAUCACAGGAGGAAACCUGGACGACAGCAGAGAUGCUCUCAAACUAGCCGAGACCAGAGGAGAGUUCUACAGUACCGCUGGCUGUCAUCCAACCCGCUGCGGUGAGUUUGAUGAGUUGGGAUCGGAUCAGUACCUCACAUCGCUCCGAGAUCUGAUCACCAGUAACAGACAGAAGAUCAUCGCUGUCGGAGAGUGUGGACUCGAUUUUGAUCGGUUGGAAUUUUGUCCCAAAGAAACACAACUCAAGUAUUUUGAGCGCCAGUUUGAUUUGGCAGAAGAGAGCAGAUUACCCAUGUUCCUCCACUGCAGAAACUCGCACUCGGAUUUCUUGGACAUCAUGAAGAGGAACAGAGACAGGUGUGUUGGUGGAGUGGUUCACUCGUUUGACGGGACCAAAGACAAUGCGGCAGCUCUCAUUGAUCUGGAUCUUUAUAUCGGUAUUAACGGCUGUUCUUUGAAGUCUGUGGAGAAUCUGGAGGUGAUGAAGUCCAUCCCGACAGACAGACUGAUGAUCGAAACAGACGCUCCGUGGUGUGGCAUCAAAAACACUCAUGCUGGAGCAAAACUGAUCAAAACAACAUUUCCUACGAAGAAGAAAUGGGAGACAGGACACUGUCUGAAAGACCGAAACGAGCCGUGUCACAUUAUUCAAGUGCUGGAGGUGAUUGCAGCUGUGAGAGAUGAAGAUCCACACGAGUUAUCUGACAUCAUCUACAACAACACCAUGAAACUGUUCUUCAACCACCGAUCAUGAUGCAAACACACGUUUUAAAGAAUAAACAAUUGAUAGAAAACAGCUUCUUUUAUUUAUUCUGACUGACCAUCAUAUAUUCCAUAUAAUACACUUUUUUUAAAUAAAUAAUAAUAGUAAUAAAGUAUACAUUUUUUUUAUUCCUUUUCUCAGAUAAUCAUGUUUUGAUAUCGUUUUACUGUAUUAGUUCAUGUGUAGGUUAAAAGAAAAUUGUCUAAAACGAACUGUGCAAUGGAUACUCGGCAACAGGAUAACGUCCUAUCAGCUGAACCACUGAUCUUUAUUAUAUACUGUAUAAUAUAUGUGAGCUGAACAUGUUUCACUGAUUGUGUAGUAAAUGAUAUUUAAUCAUACAAUAGAACAUAUUCAGAAUGUAUUUAAAUAUACAAAGACUCCUAGUAUAUAAUUGCAAUAAAUUAAAAUGACAGAACAAUCAACAUUAUAAAUAUCCUAGAGUCAGAUGGAUUAAUAAUAAUAAUAUAAUAUAUACAGUAUAUAUCAGUUUCAGAAAUUAACUUUUUUUUAUCUUUUAUGUUGGUAUAAUUUUUUUUUUUAUAGCCAUUCUUUAUUAAGAAUCUAUUAAAGAAUGUAUUACCUCUUACCGUAAGAAUUAAAUCAACAUAAAUGUAUAUUUUGUCAUGUUUAAAUAGGUUAUUAUUAAUAUAGAAUAUUAAGAAAUAUAUCAGAAGUCACAAAUAAAAAAUAGAAAAAUUCAUUACAAUUUUUAUGCCCCACAAUUUGAAUUUUGGGGUCAUUUUGGUGUCAUUUUUGCCCCCCUAAAUUUCUGACCCUGAUAUAAUAAAUUGUAAUUGUUGUUA